AUGUACAUUGGACACUGUCAAUUUCCAUUUACAAUGGGCGGCCUUGUUAAUGAAAACUUUGAGGUACGAGAGGAUGAGGGUACAACCAUGGAUGAUAAUGGAUUUUCAUUUCGUUGCGCACUGGAGGAUACUAGAAUCAGGAAGACGGAGGAGGCUCUGAUGAUGGUAGACAAGAACAAGAUGGGGGUCUUGGAGAACAAUACUUCCGUUGAUCGACCAGCUGUUGCCGCACAUCAACGAAAGUUUUGGACCAAAGAGGAACACAAGUCAUUUCUUUAUGGGCUGGAAGUCUAUGGCCGUGGCGACUGGAAAAACAUAUCCAAGCACUUCGUCACCACUAAGACCCCUGUCCAAGUUUCAAGCCAUGCACAAAAGUAUUUCAAGAGAAUAGAGAAAAAGGCAUCGUCAAGGACAAAGCGUUACAGCAUCAAUGAUGUCAGGCUCCAUGACAACGAGCUAUUGGCAGCAAAUAAUAGUUCUGCCCCUGGGCAAACCCUUUCUUUCACCAGCCUCAACAAUGACCCAAGCUUUAGGUUGCAGGCUCCGACGAGCUCGUUCACAGUCAUGAACAACCUAGCUCAGUGCUCCCCUUCCAUAUAUAAUCAACAAGUGGGCCAGCAGCCAAUGUGGCGUGAGCAGCAGAUGAUGGGUUCUACUGCACCUGUAAUGGGCGGGGUAGGAAACUAUGUGCCUGAUGGCCAACAAGGGUCAGCUUAUUUUUAUCUUGCCAAUGUAUGAACAAGAUGUAGUAGAUCGUAGGCUUGGGCCAUGUUUGGAAUGCUAGCUAGGCAUGUGUCCCAUGAAUAAACGGACUGUCCUCCUAAACAUGGCAACAAGACAUUAUAGCCGGGAUGUGUGUUUAAUAAGUGAAUAAAUAGCUCUGUUUCUAUAUA